AUGACAGAUUCCGUAAAUGGCACACUAAGUACAUCAGAAAAAGAAAAAGAAUUAAAAUUGAAUCAGUUGAAGGAGCUAUGUUCUGAAAACGCGGAAUAUUUUUCUAAAGACAGUUCUGAAAAUGGCCAGCGGUUGUACAUUUCCUUUCUUGCAAUAAUUGAUAUAUUGAACCAAAUAUGGCCUAAAAUAUUGAAACUUGAGAAAGAAGUUUCUUAUUUUGAUUUUGAUGAAAACACCCCUGGUAACGGCUACAGAAGUUUUUUACUCAAUAUAGAUUUAGCUAUACAAUUAGCUAUAGAUGUAAAUGAAAGGGUACUUCAGAAGAGAGACAGCAUCUUGUUCAGAAAAAAUUCUCUUACCAAAGAUACAGAAUCAUGCUCUCAUCUGAUAGUCAGUUUGAAUGGUUGUUUGGAUGCCCUAGAAAUAACACUAAAAUGGAGUGAUAAAGAACAGGGAAAUCUAUUUGUAAAAGAUGAAUGUCCUCUACAGGAAUUAUUUGGGAAAUGUGGACAAGUAAAUCAACACUGUUUUUAUGGAAGACAUUUGGGAUAUCAGUUCUGUGAAUCUGUAAAAAAUGUACUACAAUUCGUCACAAUAUCUAUGACACUAUUUUCAGAAGUUUAUUAUAAUGAUGGAUCAUCUUUAGUGUCAAAAGCGAAGAGCUCAUUCAUGUCAACUACAAAAUUCCUCACCGAUCCCGAAGAACGUGCCAAGCGAAUUGUGAACAUCUCUCAAAAUGCGGAAGUUGAUUUCUGCAAGGCCUUCUGGUUCCUGGCAGAAACUGAGCUGCUGAAUCAACUUCCCUCCAUUGUUUCUUCCAGUGUGGCCAUCUCGAAAAUUAUCCACCUGCCUCCCGAACCUUUGACGAUAACCACAAUGGAUGGUAGAGAAAUUGAUAUUCCUGUGCCUUCUUCUUUCUUAGGUAGGAAACAUAUUGAGCUCCAUCUAAUCAGCCACAAACUACGAGCAGGUAUGUUGGGAACAAAAAACAGCAGCCGAUUGGAGCCACCAUCUAAAGGUCUGAUGAUCCAUUGUCAUGGAGGAGGUUUUGUAGCCCAAUCAUCCAAAUCCCACGUUGGUUACUUGAGAGAAUGGGCAAAGCAUUUAGACAUUCCGAUUUUAUGUAUCAACUAUAGCUUGGCCCCGGAAGCUCCUUAUCCUAGAGCCAUAGAGGAGAUUUUAUAUGCCUAUUGUUGGGCGAGGAAGAACCAUAAUCUGUUAGGCAGCACAGGUGAGAACAUUGUGGGUGCAGGAGACUCAGCUGGUGCAAACCUUAUAUCGAGUACUACUUUGAAAUGCAUAUAUUUGAAUAUACCCACUGUGAAGGGUCUCUUCAUCGCAUAUGCCCCCAUUAUGGUUCAUUAUAUACCUACUCCUGCUAGGUUACUCUGCAUGAUGGAUCCUCUGAUUCCUUUCGGAUUCCUGAUGAGAUGUCUCAAAGCUUAUGCUUGUCCGGACGAAAAAUUAAUACAACAAUGUAAUGAAAACGGACAGAAUUCUGAUACUGAGAGUUUUGAGGAAAUAACUGAAUCAGAUCUCUUGGAACUACAAGCUCACAAAUCACCCGUUUCUGAUACCUCUGAUACUCUCACCUAUGGUUCUUUGACCUCAAAUGACGAAGGAGGUACUACAAAACCAUCGAAUAAUUCUGAUAAAGAAGCUUCUGAUUUUUUGGAAAAAUAUAUCUUGGAUUCAGAUACAGAUACGGAUGGCACUAGGAUAUCUAUCUUGAGAAAUGAAAGUGAAUCAUCUGCAAGCACUAUCACUGAAAAUUCCAUUCAGAAUAAAGUUACAUCAUUUGUGUAUAGUAUGAGAGAACAAUUCACAAAAUAUAUGCAAGAGCGUACUGCUCCUGAAAAGCUGCUAGAUUUAGAUAUUGAUCCAGAAACAGCAUUGUCAAGUAAAUUUUCAUUCGACGUUUCCAAGGAUCCGUUAUUAAGUCCAUUAUUUGCUACAGAUGAGGAUUUGAAAAAGUUCCCACCAACUACAAUUCUGUCUGUUAAUAUGGAUCCCUGUUUGGAUGACUGCAUUAUGUUCGCUAAAAGAUUGAGAGGUGCUGGAAACAACGUGAAAUUACAAAUUCUAAGUGGCCUGCCUCAUGGAUUCCUGAACUUCUCCCUAUUUUCGAGGGAAGCCUAUGAAGGUUCUAGAGUUUGUAUCGAAAGAAUACAAGAAUUACUGGAUCUAGAAUGA